AUCAUCUCAGCUGUUUAUGAAAUCGGUUUAACGCAUGCGCAGUAACAAUGAGUCACCACUAUUGAUGACGGAAGUUGACGUUUGGGGCUGACACGUCACGGACGAGGGUACUGAAUGGAAGAUGGCGAGCACCUAUGAGAGUUUCAAUUUGCGCACUACAGCUGAUAAAUUUUACAUCGAGGCUUGUGACGAUGGCUCUGGGGACGUGUUGGCCAUCGAUAGGGUGUCAACUGAGAUGACGCUCACAACUAAGAAGGACAUUCCUGCAUCUGCUGAGACCAGGCCAAUAUGUGGACUCAUGGGGACAAUACGCUUGGUGGCAGGUAUGUACAUGAUCAUCAUCACGAAGAAGAAGAAGGUGGGGGACCUACUUGGCCAUGCUGUAUGGAAGGCUCUGGACUUUGAUGUCAUCUCUUAUAAGAAGACAAUUCUACAUCUAACUGACAACCAGAUGCAAGACGACAAGACCUUCUUGUCCAUGAUCAGCAAUGUACUACAUACAGACAGCUUCUACUUUGCAACAGACUACGACCUGACCCACACUCUGCAACGCCUGGCCAACACCAGUCCUGAAUUUCAGGAGAUGAGCCUUCUUGAGAGGGCAGAUCAGCGUUUUGUCUGGAAUGGCCACCUGUUGAGGGAAUUCAUUGCACAGCCUGAGUUGCACAAGUUUGUGUACCCUGUUGUCCAUGGAUUCAUCGUCAUGAAGUCAAGCUGCAUCAAUGGGAAACUUUUUGACUGGAGUAUCAUCUCCAGAAGGAGCUGUUUUAGAGCUGGUGUCCGCUACUACGUCAGAGGCAUUGAUUCAGAGGGCCAUGCCGCUAAUUACGUGGAGACGGAGCAGGUAGUGCAGUACAACAGUGCGAAGGCUUCCUUUGUUCAGACAAGAGGCUCCAUACCCUUCUACUGGUCCCAAAGGCCCAACCUGAAGUACAAGCCAAGACCACAGAUCAGCAAAACAGUCAACCACUUGGAUGGGUUCCAGAGACACUUCGAUUCACAGAUCAUCCUUUAUGGGAAGCAAGUAAUUUUAAAUUUGAUCAACCAGAAAGGGUCCGAAAAACCACUGGAGAAGACUUUUGAAAAGAUGGUGGCUGGCUUAGGAAACAGCACCAUCAAGUACAUAGCAUUUGACUUCCACAAAGAGUGCAGUCGGAUGAGAUGGCAUCGUCUUCACAUCCUGUUGGACAUGGUUGCUGAAAUCCAGGAGGAAUUUGGAUACUUCCUGGUGGAUUCAGAUGGUACGAUACUGUUAAAUCAAGAGGGGACAUUUCGGAGCAACUGCAUGGACUGUUUGGACCGUACAAAUGUCAUCCAGAGCCUGCUGGCCCGACGCUCACUGCAAGCACAGCUGCGGAAAAUGGGGGUCCUCUACAUGAAUCAGCACAUUGAGGAUCAAGCAGACUUUGAAAAGAUGUACAAAAACGCUUGGGCUGACAAUGCAGAUGCAUGUGCCAAGCAAUAUGCAGGCACCGGAGCAUUGAAGACAGACUUCACCAGGACAGGCAAGAGAACUCAGUGGGGGCUGCUGAUGGAUGGCUGGAACUCUAUGAUCCGAUAUUACAAAAACAAUUUCUCUGAUGGAUUUAGACAGGACUCUAUAGACCUGUUCCUUGGUAACUUUGCUGUGGAUGAAGCAGAUUUGGCAACACCUCUGCGUGAACCCAAAGACUGGAAAUUUCUGACGUUGCCUAUUAUCAUGGUGGUGGCAUUCUCCAUGUGUAUCAUCUGCUUGCUAAUGGCUGGUGACACAUGGACGGAGACUCUUGCUUAUAUUCUGUUCUGGGGAACAGCCAGCGUGGUUACAUGCGGCCUGAUCCUCUUCAACGGCCGGGACUUUGUCGAUGCUCCAAAGUUAGUCCAGAAAGAAAAGCUGGACUGAAUGUGUGCGUGUGGAAAGCAGCUCCGUCCGAGCGAGCUCACCACCUCAUCCUCUGCCAAUUCAUCGCUUUACCCCCAGCAGCAUCAGCAUCAUCAUCAUCAUCAGGCCUGGAGCCUUUACUAGUACAGAGGGGGGAGUCGAGGAUGGUGGGGAGUCAGUCGGGACACCUCGCAUACGACAAGGCGCGCAAGACUGAGACUGAGUAUGCAUGGACCUGCUGCUAUCCACACAGCUGCAACAGAGAGACGGGACAGUCUCGUACAGGCUGCUAUGUACACUGAACUUCUGGAGUUAGCACUUGUCCAAUGUCACUGUAUUUGUUUUUAAGAGGACAACUUUGGGACCUGCAUAAAAUGUCAUUUUUGUCCCAUUGAUUGGGAUCAAACUCAAACAAGCUGUAGAUGAUUUGCUCUAUGUGGCGUUUGCUUUUUCAUAUCUUAUUAUGUCAACUCAACUCAUGUCAACAUACACUGACCUGCAAUUACAUUAUGGCCACUUUUGCAAGUUUAUGAUAUCCAGUAACACAUCAAAUGUUAUGCCUUGACAGAUUUUAGUUUUCAUCAGCACACUCAAAAAGCGUAAUUGUAGUUUGUGGUGGUGUCGAGCUGUACCGCAUUAUUCUGAUUACGGGAUUGUUCAUAAUUACUCUUAUGUUGUUAAACAAACACACUUCCGAUUAUGAAUCAGUUCAACUCACAUCAUUGUGAAAUGAUGACUUCUCACAGUGCCAAUCAAAACUAAGCAUUUUUGCCAAUGGCAUAAUAUUCAAUGCAUGUUAUUGUGGUGUGCAAGUUGUUACAACAGCAGUGUUCGGUGUAUUUUUCCAUGCUAAAACACUGCCGGUUUCAGAAGUGUGGCUUUCAGGACCAGACACUCAUUGCUGAGGCUCAGAGCAAUGCCGCAUCUAUCGUAAUUACCAUCACGUACAGUAGCCUCAUCAAUAUAUCUUAUUGGUCUUUCUUUUUCAAGCACUCUUUUAUGUCAAUAGAAUGAUUGCUAUCUUCAGUGAGAUUACCAGGUGUAAUCAGUCAAUUCAUUCUACCAAAAGUGCUACAAUCAGAGGUUGAAUGUACGAAUAAACAUUUAAAAUCUCUCCCA